AAGGGCAGAGGAGCUGAUCAAGGUGGCAGAGACUCAAAACUCAACACCGGAGCAACUGUCAGUGGCCAAAUAACAGAGAUGAUGUCACUGUACAGGCACCUGAGCUGUGGUUGGAUGUGGAGGCUGUUAGUUGUGCUGCUGAAGCUCUCUCUGAGUUUGGCUGGGCCUCUGCCAUCUCUGAACGGGACAGAGUGCACAGCCAAGGGUCCUGCAUCCUACAUCCUGGUCUUUACGGGGCACUGGAGUCCACAGGCCUUCCCCAAGCAAUAUCCACUGUUCCGCCCCCCUGCUCAAUGGUCCAAACUCGUAGCGGUCAGCCAUAAUCGGCAUUUUCAUCUGUGGGAGGAGGGAGGUCUGGCCAGUGAAGGAGUGCAGAACUUUGCUGAAGCUGGGGUGACAGUGGAGAUCAUGAAGGGGGCCAAAGAGGCCAGAAAGAGACGAUCCGUGGCCGCCAUGUACCGGACAGCUGGCAUCCCCAAUGGCAUCGGCCACAGCUCCACAGAACUGCUCAUACUGCCUCGGACUCCACUGCUGUCCCUGAUGGUGAAGGUGAUCCCUAGUCCUGACUGGUUCGUUGGUGUGGACAGCCUGAACCUCUGUGAUGGAAGCCAAUGGAAAGAAGAGAUGACCUUUGACCUUCAGCCAUAUGAUGCGGGGACAGACAGCGGCUUUACUUUCUCCUCUCCAAACUUCCCAACCAAUCCCCCUGAAAACAUCACCAGAAUAACAUCACAAAUGCCAAACCAUCCUGCAAACUCCUUCUACUACCCCCGCCUUAAGGACCUCCCACCAAUUGCAAGCAUUAAGCUCACACGGCAAAGAAGACUUCCCAACCGUCAGAGUGUAAUGUCCAAUCAUAUUCUGCCAAAUUCCAUCAUUCCUCAGCGGUUUUCAGCUACUCCUCUAGACUGUGAAGUGUCCAUGUGGUCGUCUUGGGGUUUGUGUUUGGGACCCUGCUCCAAAGGGGGUAUACGUCACCGCACUCGCUACAUCUUGCUGCCCCCAGCCAACGCAGGAGAUCCCUGUCCAGAGCUGGAGGAGCAAGCUGAAUGUGUACCGCACAGCUGUCUAAAGCGCCCUUAAUCACUAUGAGCCCAUAUGCUGCCAGUGUCCAACACUGGGACAAUAACUGUAGCUAAAGACAUGCUAAGUGUGUCUAAUGCCACCAAUGCUCAGUAAAACAAAAGGGGUUAUAAGCAAUUUUGACAUUCAAAAUUCAACUCCAGUCAAACUGCAGCAGAAAUUUAGUAAAUACGAAGGUUGAGUUGAUUUGAGUAUAAUGACCUAUAUGACUCCCACAGAACCUGGAUAGUCUGUAGUCUGUCCAGUCACACUUGUCCCUACAUUUAGUAAUUGUUUUACUUACCAUUUUCCCCACUGGCACAGCAGGCAGGCCUGAAUGACACACCUUUGGGUUUCUGUAAAAGACAAUUUUAAAAUUUUGAAGUACAAGUAUUUCAGCUUUUUUUUUUUUUUAAUAGCCAAGGCCUAAUGCUACAGCACAUUCACACUGGUCUCUAUACAAAGGUCCUUGCACAUACUGCAUAGCUGUACAAGCACUGGGGCAUUCACUCACAUACAGGACGUAACCUAUAGCCUACAUGCUUGGCACAUGCACUGCCUUCAAAAUAACCUUGCAUCCCAAUUUAUUAAUGCCAUUUUCCACAAUUAAGCAUUAAAGGCUUACUUGAAAUGUAAAAGUAAUGCAAAGGAGCUGGCCUACUCUUGUAACAAGAUACAGUUUUUAUAAAAA